AUGGCCAACGGCAACGUUCACUGGGCUGCCCUAGAGACAUCUUGGGCAGCAACCUGUGGACGAGAAGAGCCAAGCAGAACAGCGUCUGCACUAAAGACUGCAUACGCAAAAUUCAGGAUCCCCUCACUGCGCGAAGGGACCAGACAGGAAGUAGAAAUAAAUGUAGAAGCCCAUAAUGGGAAAGGCUACUGGGCACAAAGCGAACUAGAUAAACUAGAAAGGAUCACCCAACGAUACAAAGCCCUAGGAAACGGCCGAAUCAAUUGGAGUGAUCUUCAUACAGAAUGGGAAUCAUCCCGACCAGCGAGUCACCCACAAAGAACGAUAGAAGCUCUCAAAUGCGCUCACGCAAGAAUCUCAAAGCAAAGGUCAAGUCAAAUAUCAGGCCACACUGCAUCACAAACACUCGACCUAGAGCGACCUCUAAUAGAGGAGCAAGAAGAACCCCCAGGAGAAUCAUCAGCAGUAGUGGAUCCCCGAAGUCCGGCUGAGUGCUCCGAUGAUAGGGGCGCCUCAGUAGCGCAGAGCAUAAGCGAAGAAAGUGAAGCGUCUACGACCCAAACAGGCAGCCAAAAUAGCGAAAAUGAAGGAGAUGAAUCAAGAAGAAGACGUCGGAAAGGAACGUCAUGGGAGACCCCUGAGGUUGACAGACUAAGAAACUUAGUUGAAACGCACAGGGACACAAGUGGAUCCAUUAAUUGGGAUGCCCUGAAGCACGCCUGGGAGCAAACAAGGCAACCAAAUGAACCAAUGAGGACCACUAACGCCCUGAAAUCCGCCUACGCAAAACUGACGCGACCAAUGCAACGCAGGCGUGGUAUCUCCGACAACGAACAAGAUGAACCUAGCCUGGCAGACAGGCACAACGAUCAAAGAGGAAACGAACCGGUGGAAACGGAAACAACGAGCGAAGCUCAACUAUACACUAAUAUGAAAGAACGUUUCAACCGCGUCUAUCAAAUAGCGAUACGAUCCCAUGAUAGACAACCGAUCAAGAGACCGACCGGAGAAAUACCAAGCAACCUGCUGCUGCUCGGCAAUCAGAUACUCAGAGAGAAACUGAAUAGCAGAAACUCAACAAACAAGCGCACAUUAACAGCGCUAAACGCUGCGGUUUACGCCAUAGCAAAAGUAAUCUCGAUGCUUGCAUCAGAAGAAGAGGCGGAAAAAGCGGGAAAAAUCCAUCAAAACUUAAGAGAAUACAAAGAAAUAAGGAAUUAUCUCCUGAAAUUAAUCUCCUUCACUCUCACACGAACUCAAGAGAAGAACAGAGAACAGAGGAGCCCCCAGCAAGCAAUUUCUGGAAAUUGCCAGAUUGAAGAAAGUGUCCUCGACCACCGAAGUCCAGAGACUCUUGUCAAGAUAUAA